ACACGAGCUCGCUUCCUUCGUUCGUUCCCCUUUCUUCUUCUUCUUCUGUUUCUGCAGAUUCCACACGCUUUUCCCCAAACAAAUCGCCGCCGCCGCCAUGGAGGAGAAGAAGCUGUCCUUCUCCAUCGCCCCCAAGCCCAGGCCGCCCAAGCCACCCAGCUCCGCCGCCAGCGGCAACUCCGCAUCCGCAUCGGCGACCGCCACCCCCGCGCAGCAGUUCGUCACCGAGUUCGAUCCGUCCCAAACCCUAACCGCCGGCGCCGCGCCCGCCGUCAUCGCGCCGCUCCCCAACUCCGGCCACUUCCUCAACCACCGCUCCCGCAAGCCCUCCUCCCUCCCGACCCCCGAGGAGGAGGCCGCGCUCGCCGCCUCCACCGCCGGCGGCCCCACCUUCGUGCUCGACACCUCCACCAACCCCGACAACCCCUCCUCCCACAUAGGCUACGGCCUCACCCUACGCAGCGGCGACGCCGAUGCCGAGUCGGGCAAGCCUUCCGCGGAACCAGAGAAGAAGCCGCCCUCUCCGGCCCGAGACGGCUCCAGCGGCGACCUCAUGCUGCGACGGUACAAGGAAGACAUGGCCAGCCUCCCCGACCACCGCGGUAUAGACGAGUUUGAGGAGGUCCCUGUGGAGGGAUUUGGUGCCGCCCUCCUUGCUGGCUACGGCUGGUCCCAAGGUAAAGGCGUUGGUAGGAAUAACAAGGGGGAUUGCAAAGUUGUUGAGUAUCAGCGCAGAGCUGGUACGCUGGGGUUAGGCUAUGACCCCUCUGAGGCCGACCCUAAGAAGACCCGUUCCGGCGAAUGGGUUAUUGGUGGGAAGAAGGGUGCGGAGAAUGGGAAUGGGAAGAAGGCGACCGAUAACGGGAGUGCGAAGAAGAGAGAUAGGGACAGGGAAGAUAGAGCUGGGGAGAGGGAUUCGAGCACCCGGCAGAAGAGAUCUGGUGAUCAUAGGGCAGAGAGGGAGGUUCGAGAGAAAGAUAGAAAUGCUCGGGAUAGCCGAGAAGGCGAGCGUAGUCGUGAUGUUGCUAACAAAGUGCGGUGGUUACAGAGCAAUAUCAGGGUUAGAGUGGUCACCAAGAGGCUCAGCAAAAGGUUGUACUUGCAGAAGGGCAGAAUUGUCGAUGUGGUGGGGCCUACGACAUGUGACAUACGGAUGGAUGAGGGGUCAGAGCUGGUGCAGGGGGUGGAGCAGGAUAUGCUUGAGACAGUCCUGCCGCGGACGAGCGGGCGGGUGCUCGUGCUCUGUGGGAAGCACAAGGGGGUGUAUGGACAUCUGGUAGAGAAGAAUGCAGAGGCAGAGACUGGCCUGGUGGAGGAUGCUGAUACAAAAGGCAUGGUUCGUGUGAACUAUGAUCAGAUUGCCGAGUAUGUUGGGGACCCAGAAUUGCUUGGACAUUGAUCAUCUCUUCUUCUUGAGGAGUGGACACCUGUAUACCAGGAGCUCUUCUACUGUGCUAGGUGUGGAUCUUUGAAAGCUGUAUUAGAGAGCACCUGGCAACAAGUUUUCAGGGGCAGAUUUAUCAAGUGCUCUGCUUUUCUUUGUGAUAUAUGAUGUCCUGUUUCUGGUUUGUACAUAGCACUGGAAAUUUCAAACACUCCACAAUCCACCCGCAGAUUACAUCCUAAUUCCUAACCUAUUACUGUACAUGUGAAGCGUCUUAAUCAUCUCCAGACUGGCAGCUUUGUUCCUUUCUGGUGUCAUUACCUUCCGUCUGUGAUAAUCUAAUGGCAUCUGCGGUUCAUGCUCUUGCGCAGUACGCAUAUCUCAUGAUUGUCUAACAGAAGUUCAGGUUGAGAUUAUUUUCUUCCCUGAAUUGCAAUUGGCAAAGUGUUAAUGAGGGAUACUGAUCCUGACAUGUUCCAUAUCCAUAUUCAAGUGUCAUGGGGUGCAUUCACUUCAUUUUCAUGCUUCAGGUUGUAAACAACUGUGCGCUGAAAAUUGUAAAUUGUUGUGGCUGAGACCAAACAGGAUGGGUAGAUGAAUAAAUAUUGGGCUCCUAUGUGUUUGAAUUUACUGGAAUUCCAAGAGAUC